UCUGAGAUGACGCGAUAUACUCCAUACUGCUUCUUAUUUCUUUCUGCCAUUAUUGGAAUCAUUGGGAACGUGUGGUACUGGGGAAACCACGAAUUUAGGGUACUGAAUCGUCUAAAAGAAAUCAAACCUCGGCCUAAUGGAAAGAUGGCCAUCUCUAACCUGUUCGAUACGUGGUCUGUAGGAAAUGAAACCUUGCGGCAUCACCCUUUAUGUCCCAAUCAAAAAAGGAGACAUUUUCCCCAUUUCUCUUAUCCCCCAGCUACGCCCAGGCAAUGGGUUACAUCAAUGGAUACGACCAAUGCUACCUUCUCCCGAUUCACCAUAGUCAAUCCCAAGGAAAUAUACGCAGUAUGCGACCAACUUGAACUGUUGAUAGAAGCCCGGAACGGUUACAACGAGUCAAAGACUUACGGCGGAGAUUUGUUCCGUGCCAAGAUCUUCACCCAAAACAGUUCAUUCACCGCAGGCUCUGGGUCAGAUGGUGAGGUCAUUGACCUUGGGAAUGGAAAGUACAGUGCCUUCUUUACUCUAAAGUGGUCCGGGAAUGUCCGCAUCAAUGUCACAUUGGCUUUACCCAGCGAAGCUGUGUUCGAACUACAAAACCUCAGGGACACACUUCAGCCUCGAGAGACCUACCUUGGUAAAUUCAGCAAGGGGCUAGGCGGGAAGCAGAUUGAGGAGAAUGUUGAGUGUGGCCAUGUUCCUGUUGACCAUUCGAUUUCCAAGUGUAACUUAUCUGAUCCUAGUGUGGGAUUAACAUGGUUCUGUCAGCGACCUAAAUCGGAUAUGCUUUCUUGCGAAGAUUGGACCCAGUUUAAAACACAGGAAUGGCGGUUCAACAAAAAUAUAGAGGACCAAGGAUUUAGCAAGAGGACGUCUGUCGUUCUUCGACUUUUUGCUCCCAUCACGGGUCUUCCUAGUCACGUGACGGUGACCAGCCAAUCGGAAACUUUGCUUAAAGAACGAAUUGCACGUCUACCAUCAUGUGGCCAGCAGCAUGACCGCUUUCAAGAUGUACCUUGGGUGGCGGGAUUCUAUCAGAAUGGUCGAUGGUUUCCACCACUUUGCAAAGUCAGUCCUAUCUUUCUGGACAAAGAUUGGUGCAUUAAGUGUAUGACUGGAAAACAUUUCUACCUCUUUGGUGAUUCGACAAUCAGACAGGUGUAUACUAAAGUGACUCAUUUUUUAGUCGGUACCCACAGAGAAGGCCAUUGGGUGGAUAGGGAUGAAACCCACAUUGCUCAACACGACAUACACUUAGUUUACAAUUUUCAUCAUAUUCCAAUUCGAAACUUUCAAUGGCAUAAGUUGGAAAGGCUUCAAUUCGUCACCAAAGAACUUGAUAGCAUAAGGUCUAACGAGAAGGCCAUCGUUGUCAUCUGCCUUUGGUCCCAUUUUCAACCGCUGUAUAAAUCCUUUUAUGAGCAGCGGAUAACAGCCAUCGCCAAAGCUGCAAGGAGGCUACUCAACAGAAACCCAAAGGCAAUUGUCAUGUUUAAAGGUGGAAAUACCCAGAAUAACUACGGUGCUAGAACACAGUACUUAAAUGAUCACUACGCACGAGACAAUGAAGAAGCUCUGAGACGUAUCCUCAAAUCUUAUCCAGAGUUUCAUUUUCUUGAUGCAUGGGAUAUGAGCAAAGGACAACUUGCCCUUGCUAAUACACAUCCUCCGGAACCUCACCUUUCAAACUUGGCCAACCAAAUACUGACAAUCGCUUGCCCGGAUUAAAUGCGUCAACUAAACCACAAUCAAAUAGCUUCUCAUUAAAAAUACCAUAUUUUGUCUAUAUUGAGUCAUUUAGCAAAAUAAAUUGGCAGGAAUUAAUGUUCCUAUCCGGGGGGGGGGGGUAAAUAUAUUGCUUUACACAAGCGUGACCAAGGAAUUUCCAAACACCCCCCAAACGAGUUUUUCUCUGUGUGCAAAAUGACCCCCUAAACAAGUUUUUCGCGGGCUUUAUUUACACAUUUUGGCCCCUAAACAAGUUGUCGCCAAAAUAUGACCUCAGGGAAAAAGCUUGGGGAAAAAAACAUACCCUAAACACGUUUGGCUAGUCUUAAAAAAAAAGCUUUGGGGAAAAACAUUUGAUUCUAUAAUGGGUACUGUGAAAUACAGAGUAAAUAUUAAACUGUGGCAUCGUCGCCUGUCAUGUUUCGAUACAUGUAUUGUGCAUUGAUCUGUUUUGU